ACUGGAUAAUCUUUUAAAAUAUAAUUAACAUGUUAGCAACUGAUAUCGAGGUGAGUAAUGGUCUUCUUCAUUAGUAAGAUCAUUAUCUCUACCACUUAUUUAACAUGCAUCUUUGACACGGAGAAUUUCCCUGAUUCUUGGCUCCUUAGGACGAGGGGUGUAGAGCAUGCACUUCAGUUAGGAGACCUCCAAGCAUCGCCAUGACAGCCAUGACGUCACACGAUGGUUACGCUAUUGUUCUGCGUUGGAUAAAAAUAGCCAAAAUCUAAAUGUAUCACUGAAAGGAAAGCACGACCGAAACCCAAAAUAAGAUUGUAUCUACACAUGUUCUUUCUUUUUUAUAUUUCCCCUUUCCUCAGUACAAUACAAGACAUCAUUUUGCUGUAAGCUAAAGGAAUCGCCGAUCAAUAACCAGAGUCCUAAUUCGUAUUAGAAAAAUUCAUGGAAGGCACAUUUUCGAUUCUUUCAGUUCAAACGCUACAUUCUUUAAAAAAGUCUGUUUUCCAAGCUAUUCCUGAUGUAUCCUUGUGAUGUGUUUUUUCGUUUGAUUCUAACGACUUUUGCCGCGCGCUGUCUACCGACUGCCUGGGAUCGAUAGUGAUGUAGAAACACAGGACUCGGUCAAAUUCAUGGGAAAGAGAAAAUAUGUCCUCAUCAUCACCACAUCCGCCGGCUUGAGUUCCCAGGAAACGCCUGGCGGCACCCCCUAACCAUGCUUUUCCUACUGACAGUUUUGUUUGGCUCAGCACAGAGUCUGGGGAGUGAUGACGAGGUGAAUCUCAUUAAGUACCUGUUCGAUGACAAAAACUACAACCCGCUGAUCCGCCCUGUCAAGAACAUUAAUGAGUCCAUCGAGGUCCAGUUUAACUUGGCCCUCAGCCAGCUUAUCAGUGUGGAUGAAAAGAAUCAAAUAAUGAAAACAAAUGUUUGGCUACAAAUGUACUGGUAUGACUAUCAACUCACCUGGAACCCAGAGAAAUAUGGCGGGAUAAAGACGAUUCGAAUAAACCACUCCAAGGCCUGGAGACCGGAUAUUGUCCUAUUCAACAACGCUGACGGAAAGUACCAAGUGAGCUACGAAUCUAAUGUGGUGAUGAACUAUGACGGUCUGACCUACUGGAUACCUCCCGCCAUUUACCGAUCGUCAUGUGACAUUGAUGUAAAGUACUUCCCGUUCGAUCAGCAAGAAUGCGAAAUGAAAUUUGGAUCUUGGACGUUUCUAAAAAAUCAACUGUACUUCACAUAUUACCUCAAUAGAAGGACAUUGGAUUUUUCUGACUAUCUGCGUAGUGGAACCUGGGAUAUCAUCGACAGUCCAGCUUGGAUUCAAGAGCAGAAAGAUCCCGUGUCUGGUGAUAUCAGAGACAUGUACAUCGUAAAGUUUGUCGUCAGGAGGAAAACUUUGUUUUACAUUGUAAAUCUGAUCGUCCCUUGUGUAUUGAUUUCGUUUGCUAGUAUCUGUACGUUUGCCUUGCCAGGCGACGGUGGAGAGAAGAUCACCAUGUGUAUAUCCAUUCUCCUGGCUCUGGUUGUGUUUCUUCUUCUCAUUUCCAAGAUAUUGCCACCUGCUUUGACAAUACCUCUGAUCGCCAAAUACCUCCUGUUCAACUUUAUCAUGACCAUUAUAGCCAUUGGUUGUACGGUGUUUGUACUUAAUAAGAACCACAGGACUCCUCGAACUCACACCAUGCCGAGGUGGAUUCGAGUUGUCUUCCUUAACUACCUCCCUAAAGCCCUUUUCAUGACCAGACCAGAACACGAAACAAGAUGGCAGGAUCGACCAUUGAGUGACGCUACUGAGAAUUCAAGAAAAACCACUCCCAAGCAAACUUUACAGAGAACACCUGAAAUCGAGCGAAAACUGUUAGAAAUUAAAAAGAUACACCUUGCACAGGCAAAUGAUCACAGUUUGACAGAGAAAAACGAUACCAUUACGUCUUUUGAUGUGUUUGGGGAGGAUUUCCAGAGAGCCUCUGAAGCGCUCAAGUUUAUACGACAGCACACCCUGAAGCAUGACCAUUACGACACUAUCAUUGACGAUUGGAAGUAUGUGGCCAGCGUGAUUGACCGUCUCCUAUUGGUCAUCUUCCUCCUAGUCACUGUUGGGGGCACCUUGGGAAUUUUCCUCCAGGCCCCUAACAUUUUCUCUGUCGUUGAUCAGGACGCCAUCAUCGAAAAACUCAUGUCUUCCCUUAAUUAACUUCCGGCCAGCGAGCCAACCGAACACUCAGUAUUAAAAACUGACAUAUGAAACUGCAUAUUUUGAUGACGUAAAUGUCCCUGCUGAUUCUAACUACGGUUUUAAUAAUCCCUUUGUGUCUAUGCAUUGUUUGAUAUGGUACUUGUUGUUCAUGUAUAAUGAGUUUUUGUGAAUUUGUAGAGUAUAUGAACAAUUUUCAAUUUGUCUUCCAUCAAAAGCAAGAUUUCUUUUUAAUCUCCUACCAUAUUAAAUUUUAUAUAUUGUACCGUAUAAAUAGGACAUUGUGAUGUUCUAGUUACUUGUCUUCCUAGUGAUGUGGUGCAUAUUUUCAGGAGUGCUAAAGGUAAAAUUGUGUAUUUUCAGACACAUUUCCAUUUUAUUAAAACUUUUAUUUUCAGAUGAUUUUAUGCUCCAAUUGUGAAUUUCUCAAGUGCAUAUAUAUUUUAUCUUUCAUUUCAUUUUGUCUCUAGAUUAAAACAUGGUUACCCUUUUUCCUAGAGGUGGUUGUUGAUUGAAUAAAUAUUUUUGAAUUCGA